AUGGCGAGACAAUUAUCGAGUAAUUGGGAACUGCUUUCCUCAGAGCUUGGGGGCGCCCAAAGUGCGCCGAAGAAACAGGUGCACAAGAAAAAGAAGGAAGUUAAACGGAUGCCUCGCAAAGAGACCAAAAUCAUGACCAUGGUCUAUAACAUGAACAAAGUGAUUGCCAAGCGUGAGUUGGACAAGAAAGAGGGUAAAGAGUUUCAGUUCAAGAGCAGUGUCUGUCUGGACGCUGAGACGAACAAGAAAUUGGACGAUAUUAUCGAACAGGAUUUGAACGGGAAAGAGCACGCGAAGAAAACGUCAGAUAUUGGGAAAUAUGUCGCUAUAGAUUGUGAAUUUGUUGGGGUUGGUUUAGAUGGGAAGGAUCAUGCACUUGCCAGAAUUUCCAUGACCAAUUAUUUUGGACACGUCGUCUUGGAUAAGUUUGUCAGGCCCAGAGAGAAGGUUACCGAUUGGAGAACAGAGAUCAGCGGUAUCACGCCGUCUUCUUUGAAAGAAGCCAUCACUUUCAAAGAAGCACAGAAGAUGUGUGCUGAUCUCUUGAAGGGGAGAAUAUUGGUUGGACACGCAGUUAAGCACGACUUGGAUGCUUUGCUUCUAUCCCAUCCCAAAUCAAUGAUCCGCGACACCUCGAGGCAUUUACCUUUUAGGCACAAAUAUGCUGGUGGUAAAUCACCAAGUCUGCGGAAGUUAACCAAGGAGGUUUUGGGCACAGAUAUUCAAGGAGGUGAACAUUCCUCUGUGGAAGACGCAAGAGCCACCAUGCUGUUGUACAAGUCCGAGAAGCGUGAAUUCGAAAAACUACAUAAAAAGACUUUUGGUUCGGAAUCUAGGUGA